UUCCCCUCCUCCUCCUCCUCCUCCCGGGACUCCGCGGCCCUCCUCCUCCUCCACUUCCUCCCGAGACCCCGCGGCUCUCCUCCUCCUCCUUCCCCUCCUCCUCCUCCUCCUCUUCCUCCCAGGACCCCGCGUCCCUCCUCCUCCUCCCCCCCCCUCCUCCUGGGACUCCGCCGCCCUCUUCCCCCUCUCCCUCCUCCUCCCGGGACUCGGCGGCCCGCUUCCUCCCGGACCUCGCGGGCGCCGCCCCAGACCUCCUUCCGGGACCUCCGGGCCCGCCUCCCACAGCAGUUUCGUUUCAGAGCCCGCGGUCGGCGAAACCGGGCGUCGGGAGGCGGCGGCGGCGGCGGCGGCGGCGGCGGCGGCCCGGGCUGGGCGGGCGUCCGCGGCGGGGGAAGCAGAGAAGACUCCGAGGCGCGUGGAGGCCAGCGCAGGGCACCGCGCCGAGGCUCGGGCGACGUGUACUUCCAUCCCUGUGGAUUUUCAUCUCUGCCUCUCGAUCCGGUAUUGGAGCCUGUCAGGCAGAGCCAUGGCCUGCCCCAUAGUCACCAAGAAGAUGAAGGAGGAAGUCACCUGCGCCAUCUGCCUGCUCCUGAUGGCGGAGCCCGUGAGCAUCAGCUGUGGGCACAGCUACUGCAGACAGUGCAUCAGCGACUUCCUGAAGAACCUGCACCAGGAGGAGCCGUCGCUCAAUGUGUUUUCCUGUCCCCACUGCCGGGCUCCGUUUCAGAUGGCCAGCGUCCGGCCCAACAAGCACCUGGGAAAUCUCAUCGAAGCCAUCAAGGAGAUGGACCAGGAAAUGUCAUGUGAGGAACACGGAGAGUUCCUGCACCUGUUCUGCGAAGACGAAGGCCAGCUCAUCUGCUGGCGCUGUGAGCGGUCACCGCAGCACAAAGGGCACGACACAGCUGUCAUCGAGGACGUGUGCCAAAGCUACAAGGAAAGGCUCCAGAAUGCCCAGACGAACUUGAAGCAGCUGGAAGAGGAGUGUACGAAACAGAAGGUGCUCGCAAGAAAGCAAAUAAGCGAAUGGAAUGAGAAGAUAGAGAGUCAGAAACAAAAAAUCCAGUCUGACUUCAAGAAUCUUCAGAGCUUUUUGCAUGAAGAGGAGAAGUCUUACCUGUGGAGACUGGAGAAAGAAAACAAGCAGACUCUGCAGAGACUGAUGGAUAACGAGGCCACUCUGAAACAGAAGAGCCAAGAACUCAAGAGUCACAUCCUGGAACUAGAGAAGAGAUGUCAGAGCUCAGCCCAGAAGUUGCUGCAGGAUGUGAAAGAGACUUUGCGCAGAAGUUCGGCUGUGAAGCUGGAAACACCAGAGGCCCAUUCUUUGGAGGUUCAUACUGUGUGCAGUGUUUCUGAGCUUUAUUUUGAUAUGAAGAAAAUGUUAAGGAGCUAUCAAGUCAACGUGACUCUGGAUCCAGACACAGCCCAUCAUGAGCUAAUUCUGUCUGAAGAUCGGAGACAAGUGACUCGUGGAUGCUUCCAGGAGAAUCUAGGCAAUUCCUCUAGGAGAUUCACUGUCUUACCCAGUAUCCUGGGCUGUGAAGGCUUCACCUCAGGAAGACAGUACUUUGAAGUAGAUGUAGGAGAAGGAACUGGCUGGGAUUUAGGAGUUUGUUUGGAAAACGUGCAUAGGGACAUUGGCGUGAUACAGUGCCCUCAGUCUGGAUUCUGGGCCAUCAGACUAUGUGUAAAGAAAGGCUACGUAGCGCUCACCUCUCCCCUAACCUCCCUUUAUCUGAGGGAGCAGCCCCUGGUUGUGGGGGUUUUUCUGGACUGCGAUGUCGGGGUUGUAUCCUUUUACAACAUGACCGCUGGCUCCCACAUCUUUACCUUCCCGAGGGCCUCCUUCUCUGAUACUCUCCGGCCCUAUUUCCGGGUUUAUCAACAUUCUCCUUUGUUCCUGCCUCCCCCAGACAAGUAAGGAAAGUAGCAAAACCUUCUGGUUUAGCUAACGUAGAAAAUAUCAUGGAAAUCCCUUGAGGGCAGAAAUUUGGUCUGUUCUUUUCACUGCUGUUGCACUUAGAACUCUGCUGCACUUGUGGCUACUUAAUAAACCUGCUUUGAAUGAAUGGAUGGAAACUGCAGAAAUCCACAGAUGGUCAGCCUGAGCUCGAGGAAAGCAAGAGAAUAGCAAUGAUCACGCAUUGUCUUCUGCAGCCCCUCCGUGGGUUCAGAGCCUGGAUUGACAGGAGUCUCUGGGUGACCCACAGGGUGACCCAGGGCUCGGGGGGUCUGCGUUCUCCCGGUUUGUCGGAUGCCGUAUGAACUCAUGGGUGGGGAGUGAGGGAAAGCUGCAGUUGUGUCUGCCAGCUGCAAGAAAGAGCAGGAAAAUCAAAAUAGCAGUGACGCUUCGAACCGCUGACCUCGGAUUAAUCAUCUGAGCCCUAGGCCCGGAUGAUGGGGCGAGUGCGGAUGCCCACCACGCCUAGCGAGCUCUGUCUGGGCAAUAACAAGUGAAGUGUGAAAAGAAGAAUGAAAUGUGGUCUACGACGAGAUGUUCCGAAUGGAGAGAAAGAAUGAAAACGAAUUUUCUUGGGGGACUCGGUGCACCACCUAGAAAGCCAUCUUCCUUCGUCUUAUCCCUUCUCUAAAAGUCAAUGGUUCCUUUGUUAAGAUGCUGUAAGCCCCAGUGCCAGUCACACCUUUGAGUUCUUCGUCUCCGAGUGCUCCCAUGUGUCUAGGGAAAACUCCAUUUCUCCUCUACCCUCCCACCCCUACCUACCGUGGCUGGAUAGUUCACUUCUCACGACAGGUGCAAUGUCCUACUGUUCAUUUCAAUUCUGACCAGUAACGAAAGUUCAAGCAGACCCCACCGGUUGAGGGCUCAGUCCCGCAAGACUGUCCCCAGCCUCGGAGCCUGCUUGGGAUUUUCUCUCUCCCUCUUUCUCUGCCCUCCCCUGCUCACACUGUCUCUGUCUCUCUCAAAAUAAAUAAAUAAACUUCAAAAAAAAAAAAAAAAGAUACACAGGAUGGGGUCCAAAAACGUUCCUAGUACAGGAGCUUCUGUCCUUAGUGGGGUUGGGGGUAUGUCACCCAGCACGUGGACAUGUUCAUAACCCAGAAGCUUCUCCAAACCCUGUACCUUCGGGAUUUUUAUGGAGGUUCCAUCACAAAGGCACGAUCAGCUGUUACCCGAUUACCAGUCCCCCCUCCCUUCCUUUCCAGAGGGUGGGGCGGAGGCGGGGUAGGUGGGAUGACGCUGGAAGUUCUAAACCAUGGCUUGGUCUUUCUGGUGACCUGCCCCCCGUCCUGGAGCUAUCCAGCAGCCACCCAAAGCUGCUUCGUUAGAACAAGAGACGCUCCUAUCACUCAGCAAGUUCCAAAGGAUUUAGGAGCCGUGUGCCAGGAACUGGGGGCAGUGACCAAUACAUAUAUUUUCUAUGAUCUCACGACACGUUAAUAACUUCUCUUUGUGUCCUGUCUUUUCUUAGUCUAAUUUACGGGACCCUAGUUGGAGAACGUAAGAUAGGAAGAGGGAAGAGAUCCCCCUCCCCCCAAGGAACCCCAGUCGUAUGUGUUCUCUGGCCCCAUCGUCUGAGUGCAUGGACCUAACUUCUGGAGCCUCAGACCCACGGGAUAUUUGAGAGACCACAUCUUUGCGCAGGAUAAGUCACUAAGUCGUCUCUACCUCUAGGUGUCCUGCAGUCCCAUCUUCUCCAUAAGUGUAGUCUUUCCCAGCGUAAUAGAGUACUCUGCUCAGAGAAGUCUAUACCGUGAAACACUUAGACUGCUGAAUAGGAAAGAACAAUGAUAAACAUUCAACUAAGACCUUUUUUUAAAUUAACAAAACAAACCUUUGGAAGCCAUAAGGGUAAUAGAGAUAAAAUGAGAAACUGAUUCAGGUGCAGGCAAGUUCCAGAAAGAAAACAAAGUUCUCGUCCUUAAGGGGAAAAAUGCUACCAUACUGGAUAAAUCAUUGACUAUUCGAAUGCAGAGUUUUAAAAAAGAAAACAGGAAGUAAAAUGGAAUCAAGAGAGCAUAUGCAGGAAAUCCUAGCUUUGAGAGUAAUUUGAAGAAUUGCGUGCAAAUAAAUUUGAAAAUUUUCAGAAAUUACUUUUUAAAAGAAAUCGAAUGACCUAACUGAUUCAAGAAGGGGAAUGAAAAUCGAAACAUUCUAAUACAUGCAAAUGACAUUCAGGAAGUUACAGAAUC